AUGCUGGUGGCUGGUGAACCUCUACCGCACUACCCAGUCCCGGGGGCUUAUGAUGAGGUGGCCUGGGCCCAACAAGGUCCUAUGCAGUGUCAGUGGACGCCGAUAAGUAACGCGUGUGAUUUCAAUGCGUGCAACGUGAUUGGUGACUUCUCAACUCAGUGCUACAACAAUUAUGUUCGUGAACCCAGGGUCCAAUACUACUGUCCACCUAUCCCGAAUGUUCCCUGCGUUCAGCAGUGCUAUCCAAACAAACAAUUCCUGCAAGCUCUGCCAUGCCGUCAGACACAACAAUGGGAUUACAAUAGCAUGUGCUACAAUGUGGACGGGGAACCUUGUCAGUUUACCAAUGUCGUGGAUUUGGAAGAUUUCAUGAAUAGUGAAAAGAGGAAGGAGAAAUCUCGAGUCGCCGCACGAUGUCGGCGAACAAAGGAGAUGCAGAUCUUCGCCGAGCUGACUGCUGCAUUGCCAGCGAAGAAGGAGGAAGUGGAACAGCUAGACAAGGCUUCGGUUAUGCGUCUGGCUAUCUCCUACCUUCGCGUGCGGGACGUUGUGUCAAUGUUGCCGGCCGAUACAGACACAAAAGCCAUGGAAAGCCCCAAAGGUCUGGAGGAGGUGCAAUCCGAGCUGUCCUACAUGAAGGCACUUGAUGGCUUUGUCCUCGUCCUGUCCCAGCAGGGGGACAUUGUGUAUUGCAGUGAGAACAUAGCGGAGCACCUUGGCGUGUCACAGAUGGAGAUAAUGGGCCAGAGUGUGUUCGAAUUCAGUCACCCCUGCGACCAUGACGAGAUCCGCGAAGCCCUGCGCGCGAGCAACGUCGGCCGACGCGACUUGCUGCUUCGUCUUAAGUGCACAAUUACGAGCAAGGGCAGGAACGUGCAUCUGAAAUCAGCAUCUUACAAGGUCAUUCACCUCACUGGUCAUAUGCUGACUGAAGAAAAGGCAGCUGAAAAUAACAACGACGAGGAAAACAGUGAAGUGAAGAAAUCCAAUAAAGAUGGCGCUCUUGUCGCCGUUGGUCGUCCUAUACCGCAUCCGUCGAACAUAGAAAUACCGCUGGACAGCAAAACCUUCUUGACCAAGCACAGCUUGGAUAUGAAGUUCACAUACACUGAUGAUGGUUUAAUGGACACACUCGGCUUCGAGGCUGGGGACCUAAACGGUCGUUCGUUGUACGACUAUCAUCACGCUGCAGACAGUGCAUCCUUGGCCCAUCAAUUCAAAUCACUGUUCUCGAAAGGACAAUGCGAAACUGGGCAAUAUCGCUUCCUUGCCAAAUCCGGCGGCUACGCUUGGGUGCAGACCCAGGCCACAGUCAUCACCGACAAACAACAGAAGCCCGUCAGCGUCGUCUGCGUCAACUACGUCAUAAGCGGUAUCGAGUGCAAAGAUGAAGUAUUCGCUGCACACCAAGUGCAGCAUACGGACCUGAAACCCGUUGAGGCUCCGACUCCAGCUAGAAUUGCUUCCGCACCGGCUAACGGUGCCAUUGUGGCCGCAAUAAUUCCCAAGGAGGAGCGCCCUAUACCUGUCACAGAACUCAUAUUCGCGCCGAGAGAGGAAGAGAUGAACAAGGGCUAUCUCACGUUCUCCCAGAUCGAGGGACAUACAAGUGAGUGGAACUCGAAACGCAACAGCUUAGUGCUUAAAGACGAGCCUGAGGAUCUGACACAUUUGGCCCCUACGGCUGGCGACGCUUGUAUUCCCCUGGAGAACAGUCCUUUUGAUAUGUUUGACGAGUUCAUACUUAAUGACAACUACACCAGUCUUCUCGGGGAUGAUCUAACUAGUGGCUCUCCCGUCGAUUCUCUUAUAGCGGAUUCUUUGCUCUCGUCCCCUGAGCGUCAGGAAAAUGAAUCAACCGGCGAACAGUCGUCAUUGUUAACGGAAUUGUCACUAGAUGCGUAUGACAGCGCAAGGUCUGACAAUGAUAUUGACGAUGGAAACUCCCCAUUUAUUCCCACCACUGAUGACUUGCCCGUACUCGAGCCGGCCGUCAUGUGGGGUGCUCUACCGGACAGUGUCCGACAAGCGAGACCCCAACCGUCAGAAACACAGACGUCAGCGCCUGCACUGCAACGUUUAUUAGCCGCACCACCCACUGGACCCCCACCACAGGAUCUGAUCACGAAUAUUUAUUCUGAUCAAGGCCUCAUUCCAAGCAGGAGUAUAUCGUCUUGGGACACGGGAGUAAAGAGGGUUUUAACACAAGAGGAGGAGCCGAGAGCAAAACGCGCAAAGCGUAGUCCUUCGCCCGCACCGACGGUUCCCACCACGCAGUCUUCAUCGAGUGUCCUCAUGAACCUCCUGGAAAUACAACAGGCGCAGGCGACUCAACACAAGCUACCGAACUACCGUCUCAUUCUUAAUCCCCAAUUACCCCAGAGCCCGUUAAGAAAUAUCCCCAUUCCCGUGAUAAACAUAAUACAGGCCCCAAAUAAACAGAUGCGUGCCAACACCCCGUGCGAUCCAAUGUCGCCGCUCAGUCUAAAUGUCAAUCAAAUCUACUCUCUACCGUCAAGUCCCAAUUAUAGCCCCGCCAUCAGUCCCGUGCAAAAAGAUAACUCGCUGAGCUCAUUCUCCACGCCCCAGUCCUUAUCGCCAGCCAGCAAUUACCAAAUGUACAGCCCGGGCAACCGACUGGUGUCACCGACCGGGAUACUGCAAGGCUACGACCCGUACCUCUCCGUUAAGAUGCAGCCGAGCCCCGGAUUCCCGAUGCAAUGCAACGAUCUGCUGGACUCGAAACUGACGCUCGCGUCAACUGACUUUUGGCCAGAGGCGGACGUCAUUCAGGGCACGAGUGAACUUCUGACCGCUUUCGAUGACGUCAAAGGGUUUGAUUUUGCCGUGCUCUACCAGUUCUUCGCUUCAAUGGCUUCUACUCCAAAACAAGUGAACGGCAAUGCAUCGCCGAGCAACGGUCCUUUGGGAAAGCGGAAAAAAUCUAAAGGGAAAUCUUCCUAUUUAUCAAAAUGGCUGGACAAGCACCAUAUUCCUGAAACUAAUCCUGUUGAUGGAUACGAUUUGCGUCCAAACUUGAGCGUGCCUAUUUGUUCACAGUUUUCUCCUUGCUACGAACCUAAUAGAUAUAUGUUUGGUUCCAAUGAACCGACAUCGUUGCCAUCCUUUCCGACCUACUAUAGCCCUAUUAUGCACCACUGCCCCGAGUAUAGAAUGCAUGAUAAUAAAAGCAUUCAAGUCCAGCGUCCCAGACUACGCCGGCGUAAGAAUAAAGCCGAAGAACUAUCCAGUACUCCCGCUGAUGUAGCCAACCAGAAUUACAUGCAACCAAAGAAUUUCUCAGAUAGUCAGGACUUUGCCAGUUUGCCUCCUAUUGUCACAUCUACUGGUGACACAAACUCCAACAGUGAUCAACUUAAUGAUAAAGACGAUGGAAGUAAUGCUAGAAGAUACAGUGAUCCUUGUAUGAGAGGUUUGCCUGAUGUGGCCGACCAUAGACCCACAAAUGGGGAAGUUGAUUCAGAGUAUGAGUCGAGUUCUGAUCUUUCGGGAAGUCAAGUUGGUAGCAGAUUGCUAUCGUACUUGUUAGACCAGAUAUCAUCAUUGAAGGUUGUUAAUGAAAGACUGAAUAAGGAGUUAUUGGACACGAGGGUUGAAUUGGAGAGACUUCAACACCAGGAUCCAUUUUAUCCUAAAGGUGCAGCAAAUAUUGGUGCUGGAGGUGGGCAGUAUUCUCCAGGCUACUUGACAGAAUUGGUGCGUGAGAUAAGAGACGCUACUCGUAUAAGAGAAGAAGCUAUGUACGCUCGUCUGCGGUCUUUGGUGCUUGAGAGGAAUGAUAGUGGAUCAGCGUCAACGUCUUCAGAAACUAAAAUUGCUGAAAGAAAUUUCGAAGAAAUAAAGGCGUCCCUACGCGCCUCGGAAGCGGACAAGCGCUGCAUGAUGGAUCGUAUCAACAAAUUGGAAGACGAAUUGAGACUGUUGAGGGUCUCCAAUUGUGUAGAGCCUGACAAUAGGAUGGUGAACGGCAACGCAGAGGAAGCUGACUGCGAUCGGUUGCGCAUGCGCAGGGAAUUGACCGACAUGCGCAAAGCGAAGCAAACUGCUGAGGACUACGCUCAUAAACUAGAGCGCCUCGUAACACAGUUGCGGUCUAAGUCCAACGGCAUGCAGUUGAACGGACCCGAUUCGCUAUCUAGCGAGCACGAUGAGAUGCGCCCGCGCCGCACUAGCGCUAACUCUACUUUUAUGUGCGGCCCAGUUACGGACUUGUAG